UUUCACCUCAUCCUCUCCUCUCCUCUCCUCUCCUCUCUCCUCUCGCGAUAAAGCGGCGGAGUGGUUUGACGGGCAGUCGAGGUUGCAGCAGGCAGAGGGAGACGGUGGAAGGUAAAGCAGGGAGGCAGGCAGCAUCAUGGCGGACAGAGACAGUGGCAGUGACCACGGAGGGCCCACGGCAGGCCCCGGCUCCGGCUCCGGCUCGCUGCCUCCGGGUGCGAUGGGCGCCAUGUCGCGGCUGCAGCACGACACCGAGGAGCUGGCGUCGAAGCGCGUCGACAUCCAGAACAAGCGCUUCUACCUCGACGUGAAGCAGAAUGUGAAAGGCCGCUUCCUAAAGAUAGCCGAGGUUGGCGCUGGUGGCAACAAGAGCCGCCUCACUCUCUCCAUGUCGGUGGCCGUGGAGUUCCGCGACUACCUCGGGGACUUUAUCGAACACUACGCCCAGCUUGGGCCCACCAACCCGGACAUAGUGCAGGAUGAGCCGCGGCGGGCGCUCAAGAGCGAGUUCCUGGUGCGGGAGAAUCGGAAAUAUUACAUGGAUCUGAAGGAGAACCAGAGGGGGCGGUUCCUGAGGAUCCGGCAGACCGUUAAUCGGGGGCCCGGAUUGGGAAGCGCUCAAGGCCAGACUAUCGCUCUGCCGGCUCAAGGGCUCAUCGAGUUCCGCGACGCUCUGGCCAAACUCAUCGACGACUACGGUGUGGACGAGGAGCCGGCGGAGCUCCCGGAGGGCACCUCGCUCACGGUCGACAACAAGCGCUUCUUCUUCGACGUGGGCUCCAAUAAGUACGGGGUGUUCAUGCGGGUGAGCGAGGUGAAGCCCACGUACCGGAACUCCAUCACGGUUCCGUGCAAAGUGUGGUCCAAGUUCGGCAACACCUUCUGUAAAUACGCGGAGGAGAUGAGGAAGAUCCAGGAGAGGAGUAGAGAGAAGCGGGCCUCCGAACUGCUACCUGAGGGCCCGCAAGCAGGAGACGAAGGAGACGACGACUGACGAGGAUUUUAAAGCAGAAAUUGAAACAACACAAAAAAGACAAAAAAACUGCGACAAAAACGAAGACUAUGAAGUGUAAAAUAGAAAGAGAAAUUUCCAAGGGAAUCACCCCACACACAACCUCCACAGUUAUGGCAGCAAGCUUUGCUGUCUCCUCGCUCAUUGUACUGGAUGUCACCCCCACUUACCACCCAUGUAACAGUAAGCCGCUGCUAUCAAGGAUUGAACUAAUAUUUCUAACUGAAAUAUGGCCUUUCCUGACUACAUGACGAUGGUGCUUACUUUGGCUUUGACAUCAAGCUCAUCCUAUACAUCUCAACAUCAUCAUAACUCGCGUCCUUACAUUUCAUUACUUUCUGUUAUGUACUCUCACUACCUUAUUAAAUUUCCGUUGAUGGCAAAAAAAAGGGUGUGCUGUUUUGUACAUUGCUGUUGUUUUAAUGUUGGGGGAGCCUUGUUGUCUGAAAAAUGACUAAUCGCGCAAUAAAAAGUCAUUCCACAUG